AUGCGGCUUGGCACCAAAAGCUGCUCCGAGUGCCGCCGUCGAAAGGUCCGCUGUAAAUUCAACGACGGCAGUGACAACUGUCAGCAGUGUGUCUUGCACGAUACUCGAUGUGUAUCACAAGAUGACAGCCCAGCCCCAACCGUCGCCUCUGCUUCUGCUAGUGCGCCUCCGUCUGCCUCCGCCUCCACAUCGGUCGAUCUACAAGCUCGAAUGGGCUCCCUGGAGGCUUCCGUCCGUGAGCUUUGUCAGACCAUUAGUCAACAGGGCUUCAACAACUCUCCUCUUGCUGUUGCUGCGCUCGGUGCCCAGUCCUCUGAGCGUGAGCAGGGAAUUGACGCAAACCAGGACGCUGCCCUGGACGAGGCACCGCUUGUUCAAUACCUCCGCGACUCACUGGCCACGCAGGCUGAUACCUCUAGUCGGAGAGACAGGGCGGCCGAGCCUUCUGAGAAUCCCAUCAUCCGCCCCACGGAGCGACGUAUCCGGGCUUUGAUUCCCGUGAACUCAACCUUGGUGAACAUCUUCGAUUUGACACACAAAUUUUGGGGUGCUUGGCCCCUCCAUUGGACUCAAAAUAACGAGCACAAUGGCGAGUUAGAGAAUGUCCAUGGUCUUCCAAUCUCUGUGGGAGAUGCUGUUCGAUUUAUCGAUGAUUCGUUACGUUCCUCCAGUCCGAGCAUCCUGGCCAAAUGCCUCAUCUGGUUUUGCCUCUCCCUCCAGCAGGUGCCCCCAGGAUCCACGACGAGGCAUGAAUUCUGCCUUCCUAUGCCUAAGGCUGACCUGAUGGACAAGUGCCUCGAUGAGAUAGACGUCGCUGUGUUCCAGCGUGGCUCAACGCGCUUGGGAUGCGACUUAGACUUGAUCGAGGUGUACAUUCUGCAGGCCGAGCUCUUCCUCAACCAGGGCCGACCUUGUAGAGCGUGGAAAUCGGUUCGGCAAGGGAUUGAUGACGCCAUGCUCCUUGGACUUCACCGCCCUCAGCAGGAGGAUAUUCGUUCCAAGUCGAUAUGGUCAGCACUCUGGCAACUGGAUUGGAAGCUGUCGAUGUUUUUAGGCCUGCCAUUUACGGUUCCACACGACCUACUACCGCAUGAUGGUAGAGACGAUGAGGUUCACCCCCUACUGGAGCACCGGAUCAUGCGAAGCGUGGCCACUCUCUGUGGUCGGAUUGUCGAGCGCGACCAGCGACGGCAGCAAAAACGGCAAAAGGAGUUGUCAUACCCCGAUACAAUCUCCAUCAUGGAGAGAAUGGAAUACGUCAGGAACUUGAUACCAGAAGAAUGGUGGGACUUUGAGGAGGAAAGUCAACCUCCAGUAACCCCUGCCAUCGCGUUCUUGCGCAUGUCCGUUCUCCUCCAUUUCCAUUUUGCCAACAAAUUGCUUCAUCUGCCCUACGUUCUACUGGGCGCGCGAGACAGAAAAUACGAACACAGUCGCUGCCUCGCCCUGGAAUCCGCCGAAGCCAUGGUGCGGGCGUACCUCAGGCUCCGGUAUCUGAUGGAUGACAACUUUUCCUGCGACUUUAUUGACUUCCUCGCUUUUAGUGGGGGAAUCGUCCUCGCUGCCAAUCUCACCAAGCGAGGCCGAGAAAAACCGCCAGACGGUGAGCGUAUCUGGGAGAUGCUGGACGAGCUAACCACAAAACUGGGCGAAACCGCGCAGGAACUACAAUGCUCAGUCGCGACACAGGCGUCCCAAGUUCUCCACAAUCUGCACAGUAUUUCUCACGGCGCGUAUGGUGGCCCGGAUUGCUACGAGAUGAUGAUUCCCUACUUUGGGAUAAUGCGGAUCAUAGUGCCGAGGCGGCCGGGCCAGAGAGUUGAUGUUGACAAUCGGAGAAUGGUUUCGUUAGCUUCGGAUCCAAACAUGAUCAGCUUCAGCACGGAUAUGUUCUCGUUUCGCUUCCCCAGCGAGUUCCAGACGGCUGAGGAAUUGGGUCAAAGUUGGGAAGAUUUGGUUGCCAAUCCUGUGUAUGACAGUAUGGGCAGGCGUAUGUGA